AUGUCUCUGUCAACAGUUGAUUCUUGCCAAGCUGACGUAGGUAAAGAUGAAGGCUACAGGACAAAUGGUCAACAAUUGAACUGCCAUUGUACACACUUAUUGGUCACCUUGUGUAGUACAACUCCAAAGAGUGAGACGGUGUGGUCCACGAAGAGUGAGACGGUGUGGUCCACGAAGAGUGCGACGGUGUGGUCCACGAAGAGUGCGACGGUGUGGUCCACGAAGACGGUGUGGUCCACGAAGAGUGCGACGGUGUGGUCCACGAAGAGUGCGACGGUGUGGUCCACGAAGAGUGCGACGGUGUGGUCCACGAAGAGUGAGACGGUGUGGUCCACGAAGAGUGCGACGGUGUGGUCCACGAAGAGUGAGACGGUGUGGUCCACGAAGAGUGAGACGGUGUGGUCCACGAAGAGUGAGACGGUGUGGUCCACGAAGAGUGAGACGGUGUGGUCCAUGAAGGUUCUCUCUCAGCAGCAUAUCAGAUGGUAUGAUGAUGAUAUACUUAUAUGACAAGAAGCCAGGAGUUACAUCAGAUGAGGCUGAUGAUGACUCUGUUAUUCGUUGUCUGAACGAUGUAAUGGAUUGGUCCCCCCCAUAUCUUGAAUAUAAUCGGUCAAAUACGGUUAUGAAACUGACAUUGGGGGGGAAUUGUAUACACUACACGAUUUUGUGAUGAAUCUUGUUAAUUGGUCUGUCUCAUUAAAUAGAAAUAACAAUACAUAUUCAGAGUAAGUUAAAGAUAUAAUGGCAUUACAUACAUUUAGUGUGUGUGAUCGUCUCCUGUCUUAAGCCAUACUGGAGGUUAACCAUAUCCUGACCAAGUUAUGUGCCGUAAUUUGCUGAUUUCUGCAGUGUCAUCAGUGUAUGGUAUUAUAACUCUGAAUUAAUCUGUGUUAUUUCUCUUUGUGUAGAUGUUUAUUGUUUGCAUGAUUUUUGCAUUUCUUCAGCGAGUUAAACCAAUGCUUGAAAACCACAAUUCCACCAUCACAUGUGGUUCAAGGUUUCUUACAUCUGUACGUUUGGUAAGACCACAUACCUGUGUGAUUCAUUUAUGUUGUGCCAUCACUUACCUGGAAGUUCUCUUUACUGCCUCAUUUGAGGCAAAUUUAAGAACAGAACUGAUGUAUAGAUCCAGAACAUGGUAGAAACUAAUAAUGAGUAUUGUAACCUUUAGCAAGGCACUUGUAUUACCAUUCACUAUUCCUCUUGAAUAGAAAUAAGUCUGUUAACUACCUUCCUUCAGUAAAAUCAGUUCCAGUAGACAGAUGUUAGACAGGCAGCAUAUGUUCCUGUUUCCCAGCUCAGUCGGUACCUAACAUGUAACAAACAUGGUUGCCUUUUCUCUUCUGUGAAGCUGUGUGUAUUAAGGAGCUGUAACCCAUAUCCUCCUGUAAAAGUGACGUUUUCUGUCAGUGUCGACAGUGUCCAAUGUUCCUGUCUUUUUGACCAACAUUUGCUUCCUUACCAGGUGUACUGUAUGCUUUUCCUGUGUACCAUGCACUGUUGAUUAAAACGGUUCAAAAUGUU